ACCAGGCCAGCUGCCUCCGGUGCUACAGCAGAUUAGAACCAGGAGGCCCCAGCAGGCUCCCGACUUCCCCCUGAAGCUCGGCCAGGAAAGCCGCGCUCCAGUGACCGCAGGGCCGGCUGGAACCCAGCGCCCCUGGCAGGUUACCCGCGGCCAGGCUAGAGGGCGGGCCCCAGCGGCCACCCUAGCCCCGCCUGGGCCGGAGCCCGCCUACGCUCACGUGACCCUGGCCCAUCUGUUCAAGAUGGCGGCGCCCAGGGCUGUCUGCACGCUGGUGAGCGGAGGGUGUGUGACUCACUGCCGUGGAGUUUUCUCUUCAAUGGUCAGUCGUAUCUGCUUACACAAGCAGUCAAGCAGUCAACAAAGAAGAUAUUUCUUUUUCCAGAGACAAAGAAAUACUGCUUACAGUAUAGUUCGGCCAGCUAUAGUUUCUUUAGCUCACCCAGUUCCUAAGCACAUAAAGAAGCCAGACUAUGUGACGACAGGCAUUGUACCAGACUGGGGAGACUACAUAGAAAUUAAGAAUGAAGAUCAGAUUCAAGGGCUUCGUCAGGCUUGUCAACUGGCCUGUCAUAUUCUACUUCUAGCUGGAAAGAGUUUAAAGGUUGGCAUGACAACCGAAGAAAUAGAUUCCAUUGUUCAUCACGAAAUAAUCAGACAAAAUGCCUAUCCUUCACCUCUAGGCUAUGGAGGUUUUCCCAAAUCUGUUUGUACCUCUGUGAACAACGUAGUAUGUCAUGGUAUUCCUGACAGUCGACCUCUUCAGGAUGGAGAUAUUAUCAACAUUGAUGUCACAGUUUAUUUCAAUGGCUACCAUGGUGACACUUCUGAAACAUUUUCGGUGGGCAAUGUGGAUAAAUCUGGUCAAAAGUUAGUGGAGGUUGCCAGGAAAUGUAGAGAUGAAGCAAUUGCAGCUUGCAGACCAGGGGCUCCCUUCUCUGUAAUUGGAAACACAAUCAGCCGCAUAGCACAUCAGAAUGAUUUCCGAGUCUGCCCCUACUUUGUUGGGCAUGGAAUAGGAUCUUACUUCCAUGGACACCCUGAAGUUUGGCAUCACGACAAUGACAGUGAUUUGUUAAUGGAAGAGGGAAUGGCGUUUACAGUAGAGCCAAUAAUAAUGGAAGGAUCGCCUGAAUUUAAGACCCUAGAGGAUAAAUGGACUGCAGUUUCUGUAGACAAUAAAAGGUGCCUGAAUUUACUUCUUAUAUAUUUUAAACUGUGGAAUUGAGCACUGACCGCCGGACGGAAUGGGAGGAGCAGAAAUCCUUACAAAAGUAUUGGAAGAACCUUAAGGAUGGAUCAAGACGUGGCUGAACUUCCUGUGCUCCUGGAAUGUCUAUCAACUUUACCAGCGCAGAGGAGGUUUCUGGAACUUUUAUGAGGAAUAGGUGCUGUGGCUCCUGAGAGGAAAUGGAAUGGACAGCUUGUAGGGCAUAAUGUGAGGGGGACAUACUGCGGAUUAUUACCUGAUAAGUAUUUAAUAAAAACCAGUUGAUUUGUGUAAAUCUUGAAGCUACCGUGCACACUCUAAAAGCAAGAGUUUGGGUUCUUAAUUGUGAAGGGCGGGGGGGAAGGGGGCAGAUACACAAAGCCUUUGCUCCUGCUUCCAGAUGCUUACACUGGACAAACACGUAUCGGAUGAUACUUAGUAAAUGCAAUUGAGAAGACAGAGGGAAAUGGUAGUUUCCUAGUAUAUCUGAACUGUGGAGAGCUACGGAACAAUUUCCCUUCGUUGUGAUUAGCGCGCUGCUCUUUCCCAAGCUUGUGAUCUACGCUAGUAGGAAAACUAAAUAAAUACCUUCAAAUGCUUAA